CUUCCUCUCUAGCUCACUUCUCUACAGCACUAUUUAUUGAGAUGGACAGCAUUUACACUGGGCUGCAGAAGCCCUCGGAGGAUGUCUACUCAACAGUAAACCAGACCCAAGACAGGAGAGAAGGACUGGGGGCUCCACCAGUCCAGCCCAGUUCUCGUUCCAGUGUCAUCUUUACUCUGGGAGCUGCAGUGUGUGUCUUACUGCUGGCAGUCAUUGGCAUGGGGAUAGCAUUUCUGCUGUGUCACGCUCACAGCAACCCCGAGUCAAGCAAUCUGCCUGGUCAGGAGAAUAAAAAGGAUGUCAGCAAAUCACUCCAGCACUGUACCAGUGACCUUAGCAAGUAUACGAAGAGACUCCACAAGAUAUUCUGUGGGGAUCCUAACACUGGGAAGGAAGCAGAGCAGUGUGAACUCUGUCCAGAGAAAUGGAAGAAGGGACAUAAUGGAAGCUGUUACUUCAUUUCCACACAAUAUGAUUCUUGGGACUUUGCUAACGAGUCCUGUUCCAAACUCGGGGCUCAUCUUGCUGUGAUUGCGGACAAGGAGGAACUGAAGACCAUACAGAAUGUUUCAACAGGUGGUUACUAUUACUGGAUUGGACUGAGUAGAAAGUGGAGCGAUGGGCAAUGGCGAUGGGUUGAUAACACGCUGCAUGAUCAGAACAAGAUUGCAUUUCACGAUACACCAAACCAAGACCAGCGUUGUGGAUGUAUGAAAAAUGAUUCAGUAUAUUCCGAAUUAUGUCGGCCACUUAUGCGAUGGAUCUGUGAACGGGAGGCUGUGCGCUUUUGAGGGGAUCCGCAGACUCUCUUCAUUUGAACAAAGAAGAACUUAUUGCAGAGCAGCAAAACUAAAUCAACUGUGUAACUGUAUUUCUACAGCUUAUUUUAGGAGGGGACUUUUUUUUUUUUAAGUCUGCCUCUAAUGUUCUAAUUUUUUUUAGAAUACAUUAUUUUAUUUUUAACUACCAAUAUAUAUUACACACACUGUGUAAACAACAACAAAUCAACCUGAUUGAAAGUGCAAGGGACUGCGGAGGUUGAUUACAGUUAAUCAUUUGUUGUUUUUGUUUGCAUACAAUACAAUUUUUGCAAUACAAAUGUAUAUAUAUACGUUGCAAUGUUGUUGCUAACCUUUGUUUUAUAAAAUAUGGAUGAAGUUUGCUUUAUAUUAAGAGGAUUUUAAAAUAAUAAAAUAAUAAUAA